GCACCAUUGUAGCUUCAGACCGAAGUUGAACGCUACUUUGCAACAUCAAAAGCAAUGACAGCCGCAUUCAUGACCGGCGCGGCCCUUCCCGCGCGCGCGGCGACCAACCGCCGCACCUGCCCGCGCAUGUCCGAGCAGCUCUCUGCCGUGGACACGUAUUUCCCGGUGUACCAGCGCAACCGCGCGCCAACAAUCAAGUUCGACGGUGAGGCCGGCAUCUCAGUGUCGAUGGCCCCGAUCAAGGCGUUUACAACAGCCAGCAAAGACGAGGCCCCGCUCUUCUCCUACGCAAACCCAGACGAGUUCGUCCCCAACAAGCCCGUGCCGCCGUCCGACCAGUCCUGGCCCUCCGGCGAUGGCAGGGGCGUCUCCACGAAGGGCACGAGGGGCUCGUUCACCCAGCCGAACCUCAAGAAAUAUGGCCCGUUUCCGGACUUCUUUAAGGUACGUGUUGCGCGUUUUUGGAGGCGGUUGCGGCAUGAUGGUGGAGUGGAUCAUCGGAUCGCUGACUUUCUUUUUAUGAUUUAAUUGCGCUGUUCGGGCGACUUUUUUUGUUCUUGCUUCAUUCGUUCUACGACUGGGCUUGUGCGUAGAGGUCGUGCGACAGUUGAUUGGUAGUUGUAUGGAACUGCGAAGGCGUAAUGCUUUUUGGAGUAAAGGUUUAAUAGUUUGAUACUCACCUUUGCGCGGUGGUGUGACAAAAGAACGAGGCUACUGUUGAUUAAUUUUGCCUUGCGUAGCCCUUUCUCUUACAACCAUGGCUAGGCAGUCGAUGCCUUUAUACAAUCGCACGUAGGUAGUUGAAUUCCUUGCCCCACCUCAUCAGGGUGAGGCAUCCAACGGCAGCAUACACGUGUAGGGUUGGUGUAGAGAUUGAGAAUACUGUAGGUGGAAAACGGGGGUGAGUAAUUUCAUUGAAAUACGAUCUCCGUCGGCGGUGUGUUUUGUGAUCCCUCCAAAUCGGCGCUCUUGCUUCGCAUUCCCUUUUGCACGCGCCCGUACCCGGAGAUUGAGCCCAACGUUCUAAAUCCCCUCCUGAGCUCACCUGCAGCCCCCCUCCCUCACCUCUUUCCCCUCUCACCCACGCCCCAUCGCGACCCCGUCCGAGCGUGAGCGAUGGUCGCCGCACGGAUCCACGCUCUCUCGACCGCCACGGCGAACGCCGCAGACGGCUUCGCCGUCGUGGCAUCCAUCGGCGCCGUCAAUUCCCGCGCCACGGCCCUCGCGAAUUCCGCCCUCGCCCUCUCCAUCCCUCUGCCCGACGCUGACCCGCACCCGAAAGACACCGACCCGCUCCCGCCUUUGCGCGCAGCCGCUUGUCCGGAUGGCCCGCUGGUGCUCGCGCUCGAGGGGCUCGACGUCGCAGACAGACACGUCGCUGCCGAACGGGAAGCCGCUCUUGUCCUCGCUGUCGCCCUCGCGGGCGUCCUCGUCGUCUCCGUCAGACAGCAGGAUCUUCUGCGCCCGCGCACCUCUGCGCUGCAUGCUACGCUGAGAGCGGUCGAAAACUCGCUCGCCCUCCGCGCCGCAGGUACCGCCCCGCCGCUUCCAAAUCCGCGUUUGCUCCUUGUCGUCGUUCACGACUUUGAUGAUACCGCUGUUUCUGAGGAAGAUGUCACAAGUUUUGUUAAUGAUUACACAGAGGAGGAGUAUGCCUCUUUUUCGCUCCCCAAUGGAUACGCCGCGACCCAGUUCGCCGACUUGUUCGACACUCGCAUCGCCUUCCUCCCAUCUUCCUCAGUCGCGCCAGAGGAUUACCAUCACGCUGUGGCAGGCCUUGGCGAGAUGCUGCAGUCCGCGAACCGAGAGUACGCAGAUGCCGGCGUCACCGCAGCUUCGUUUCAGGCGUCCGUUGAGAGGGUCACCGCUCUCGUCCUCGACGAUCCCGCGGGAGAGGUGGACCUUCCCGCUGACCACGAGCUUGAUGCUACGUUUGCUUGUGGCGCCGUCAUGACCACCGUCCUCGACAAGUUCAAGAGCACGGCCAAGCAGUGGCGAAGCACAGUCGAACAAGGACGAAUUAUUCGCAACUUUGGCUCCGAGGCUGACACGCUCAUUCGCCGUACCCUCGAUGUUUUUGACACCGACGCGUCUGCCCAUAAGGCAACUAAGUCUUUCCCAAGAAAGCGAAAUGAACUCCGCUCGGUGCUUCUAGCCGAGUGCUACGCUUUGUUCACAAAGCAGAUUUUAAAGCUGCGCGAGGUGUCCUAUCAAAUCUUUCGUGGGAAGCUUGCUCGUAUUCGCAUCAAUAGCCGCGUAGAGAAGAUGGUGCGGAAUGCUGUCAAGGAGGCAGAGGCAUAUUUUGUGGAGAACGCGGAGGCGUUGCGGUCGCAGCUAGGUGCCUGGCGCUUCGACAAUGAGCGUCAUGAGCUUGUCAACCACAUGCGCGAUGACGCUACAGAGCGGUUGCAACUGGCGCGGUUACAAGGGAACUAUGUGCCGCCCAUGCGAUCGCCGAUUGCGUUCGCGUUUCAUACGUUACUGUUGGCACCAUUUGGGAGAGAUUCGCGGACGCCGCAAUCGAUGGAGAAGGAGAUGCAACAAGUGUACGACCCCGACAAGAUCAAGAAGGCCGGGCUUAUGCGUGCAAGGCCAGAACAACGGAGAUACAAGUUCUAUGUGUCGGACAAGGACGAGAUUGCGCAGGGGACGGUUGAUGUACUUGCUGACUUGUUUGAAGACGCUCCCGGGAAAUAG